GCGUUAAACUUCGAUCUCCGUUUGCAACAUUUUAAAAUUUAAAAGUGUCGUCCCCUUUCUUCUCCAACGGCUCCUUACGAUUGUCUCGGUUCUUCUCUCCUCUCGCAUUUUCUCUCUCUCUAAUCCUGAAGAAUUUGAGCAGGUCGAUCGAUUUCUUGAUGAAAUUUAUGGUUUGAAGAUUCAGUGUUCCCCAAUCAGUUUAAAAAAAUAAUGGACAAGGUUUAUGAAGAGCUUGAUGAAGUGAAAGCAGCGAAUGAGAAGCUGAGGAUUGACUAUAGAAACAAAACGGAGCUUCUUGAGAAUCUAAAGAAGGUUCAGAAAGAACAAUUAGUUGAGAUUCGAGAGGCGAGAUUGGUUAAUGAGAAGCAUGGUUUUGAGAUUGAGGAGAAAACUAGAGAAAUUUCCGAGUUGAAGCGAACGAACGAGGAUCUACGACGUUAUUUGAGAGAGAAGGAUUCUGUUAUCAAGCGUGUGAAUGAUGUGAAUGAUAAGCUUAGAGCUAGCGGGGAAGAUAAGUACCGGGAAUUCGAAGAGGAGAAACGGAAUAUGAUGUCUGUUUUGGAUGAAGCUAGUGAGAAGAACAUUGAUCUUGAGCAGAAAAACAAUGUCUAUAGAGCUGAGAUUGAGGGGCUCAAAGGGCUUUUAGCUGCAGCGGAGACGAAAAGGAUUGAAGCUGAGAAAACUGUCAAAGGUAUGAAAGAAACGAGAGGAAGAGAUGAUAUAGUGGUUAAAAUAGAAGAGGAGAAGACUCAAGUAGAAGAGAAGCUGAAAUGGAAGAAGGAGCAGUUUAAGCAUCUUGAGGAAGCGUACGAGAAGCUCAAGAGUCUGUUCAAGGAUAGCAAGAAAGAGUGGGAGGAAGAAAAAUCAAGGCUUUUUGAUGAAAUCUACUCUCUUCAGACCAAACUGGAUUCACUAACUAGAAUCUCAGAGGAUCUACAGAAGAAGUUGCAGAUGUGUAACGGUGCGUUGACACAAGAAGAGACUAGAAGAAAACAUCUUGAAAUCCAAGUUUCUGAGUACAAAGCCAAGUACGAAGAUGCUUUUGCAGAGUACCAAGACGCAAGAACACAGCUUGAUGAUUUAGCUGGUAAAAGAGAUGAAGAAGUUGCAGAGUUGAGACAAUCCUUGAGCAUGAAAGAAGCAUACUUUAAGGAGAUGAAGUAUGAGAAUGGAAAAUUAGAACAAGAAAACCGGGAGUUGCUGGGUUCGUUGAAAGAACUCCAGGAAGCUACAAUUCAGGGAUCAGGAAAUUCUGCACUAUCAAAGCUGAAAAACAAGUUCCGGAACUUGGAAAACAUACACAAGAACUGUUCAGCUAAUUUAAGAAGUAAAGAAACUGAAUGGAGCUCUCAAGUGGAGAAGAUGGCAGAGGAGAUAAAUGAUUCUAAGUUGCAUUUGCAAAUCAAGGAGGCAGCAUUGAAAGAGAUUGAGUUGGAACUUGAAAAUUGUCGUUCUUCUACUGCUAAAAUGAGACUACAAUAUGAAGAGAUCUCGAUUAUGUUUUUAGUGCUAAGUAGGACAGUCUCUGAGGCUCAGUCAAGGCUUGCGAAUGUUAAGGAUGAACAAAUCAAGGAUGAGAAAAGAGAAGGAAAGAGCUAUUCUCUAUUGAUGGAGCAGCUAGAUCAAAAGAAUGCUGCGCUGGCCAAGGCGCAUCUAGAGAUUGAAGAAGAACGUGAAAGGGUUGCGUGUUUGCUGAAAAGAAUAGAAAUGCUGGAUCUUUUCGAAGACCAGAAUAUUCAGAUGCAGAAAGAGGUAGAGAGGUACAAAAAAAUGGUUGAGGAAUCAUCUAGAUUCCAAACUCAGAUGAAAGAAAAACUGAAAGAAGCUGAAAAUGAUUAUGAAGAGAAACUUCUACAAGUCUGUGAUGCACUGGACAACACAAACAUAGACCUCGUUGCAGAACGUGAAAAGGUGGUGGCUUUGACAAGGCAGAUUGAGUCCUUUGGUAUUGUCAAAGAGAAGAAUUUAGUGAUGGAAAGAGAAACUCAGAAGUAUAAGGAGAUGUUGGAGGAAUCAGAAAAGAGUCGGGUGCUUUUAGAGGAGCAGAUUUCGCAGCUUGAAAGUGAUUCCAAGGAGAAUAUUAGAGAACUCUGUAGCAAGGUGGACAUUGCAUAUGCCAAGUUGGCAGAAGAGGUUGAGAAGACUGCUUCAUUGGUCAGAAAAAGUGAGUCAAUUGAUCUAAAUGAAGAGCAUAGGCAACGGGAGCUUGAAAAUUACAAGGAAAUGCUUGAGGAGUCUACCAAAAGUCAACUUCUGUUGCAAGAGAAAGUUGUAGAGGUGGAAAACGACUCGAGAAGGAAACUUGCUGACGUUUCUGAGGCACUUGAAACAGCAAAUUCUGAAUUGUCUGAUAAAACCUCUGAAGUGUACCAGAUUGAAUUCCAAUUGUGGGUCUGGAAAUCUAUUGCUAAGAGGCUAAAAGCUGAACUCGAGCAAAACCAGAACCUGCGCAAAAGAGUAGAAGCUUCUCUUCUUGAACAGGUUGGAGUUGGAGAAGCCAUGAGGCAAGAUAGGAAUGAGUUGAUGCAUAAGCUAAAGGCUAUCAGCUCUGCAAGAUCGUCUGAUUCAGAGAAAGAAUCCCUUAUGAGGGAUAAGGACGAGAUGUUGGAAAAUCUACAGAGAGAGGUAGAUUUGUUGGAACUAGACUCACUUAGAAGGGAGCUUGAGGAUGUUGUUCUUGCACAUAUAAUUGCUGAAAGGGAAUUGCAGAACGAGAGAGAGAUUUUUGCAGGUGCUUUACAACAGAAAGACCAAGACUUAUGUGAGGUGAAGCAUGAAUUGGAGGGUUCAUUAAAGUCUGUAUCUUUGCUGCUGGACCAGAAGCAAAACGAGGUUAACAUGCUUCACAAAGCAUGGGAGAAACUUGCUGCUAGGCAGAUUCUUAACGCGGUAGAAACAGAAUCGGAAAAGAUGAUGAUCAUAGAGCUUGAAAGGGAAAUCUCUAGUCUCAGCCAGAAACUCGAAACAUCGGAUGAAUCUGUUUCUUGUUUCAGACAAGAAGCAACAAAGUUAAAAGCUGAAUUGGAGACUAAGCAGAGAGAUUUGAAAGAAGUAACCACACAAAUCCAAGAGAAGGUAAGAACCUCAGAAGUGGAAAAGACAGAGUUAGUUAACGAAAUCGUGAGUUUGUCGUCAGAGAAACGAAAUCUUUUGAGUUUUAUCAGCGAAGUGGAGGAUGGAAUGUUGAAGCUGUGUGAUGGAGACACGAAGCUGAUGAAAACUUUGGAGAGAGUUACACAAUGUUGUGAUGGAUUUGGUAAAGAGAACAGUAAUGGUGAAACUAUUGGUUCUCCAAGAUUGGCAAUGAAGCAUGAAGAAGAUGUUGUAACUGAAGACAGGUCACCAUUUAGACAACUUAACCAUUAGUUUGAUUCAUUCCACAGAAGAGAGAAAUUUGUUUUUUUCUUUAAGAGAACUUUGUUUGUAGUGUUGAUGUAUCUUGAAGCUUUUAACGAAACCCUUUUUCUAGAAUAGAGGUUUUGCUCAUGUAAUAAACAAACUUGUUUAGGUUUUUUGGUUGCUAAA